AUGGCGGACGGUCCGGCUGAGGAGACGCCGCCGGCGCCGGCGGAGGAGGAGGGGGAGGAGGAGGAGGAGGAGGAGGAGGAGCAGGAGCAGCAGCCCGCUCCUCACGGCGGCCUUGGCGUUUUCGGGGGGCCGUUCCUGCCGGACGUGUGGGGGGCGGGAGGGUCCCCUCCUCCCCCUCCCCCUCCGCCUCCCCCGCCUCCCCCUCCUCCGCCGGUCGGGGUCGUGGCCCCGCUGCCCGGGCCGCCGCCGCCGCCUCCGCCCUCCUCCACGUCGUCGUCGUCGUCUUCGUCCUCUUCGUCUUCUUCCUCGUCUUCGUCCGCCUCGGCGGCCGCGGCCGCCGCCCUGCUGACCCACUCCACCUUCUGGGACCCGACGCUUAGCAGCGACUGGGACAGCGAGCGGGCCGCGCCGCAGUGUCUACUCAGGAUCAAGCGGGACAUCAUGUCUAUCUACAAGGAGCCUCCGCCGGGGAUGUUCGUGGUGCCCGACCCCCUGGACAUGACCAAGAUCCAUGCGCUGAUCACGGGCCCUUUUGACACACCUUACGAAGGGGGUUUCUUCUUGUUCGUGUUUCGCUGUCCUCCAGAUUACCCCAUCCACCCGCCACGGGUCAAACUGUUGACUACAGGGAAUAACACAGUGAGGUUUAAUCCCAACUUCUACCGCAAUGGGAAAGUGUGCCUGAGUAUCCUCGGGACGUGGACCGGCCCGGCCUGGAGCCCGGCCCAGAGUAUCUCCUCUGUGCUCAUCUCCAUCCAGUCACUGAUGACCGAGAACCCGUACCACAACGAGCCGGGAUUUGAGCAGGAGAGACACCCGGGAGACAGCAAGAACUACAACGAGUGCAUCCGGCACGAGACCAUCCGCGUGGCCGUCUGCGACAUGCUGGAGGGCAAGUGCCCCUGCCCCGAGCCCCUGCGUGGGGUGAUGGAGAAAUCGUUCCUCGAGUAUUUCGACUUCUAUGAGGUGGUGUGCAAAGAUCGACUUCACCUCCAAGGCCAGACUAUGCAGGACCCUUUCGGAGAGAAGCGGGGCCACUUUGACUACCAGUCUUUACUGAGCCGCCUGCAGGCCAUCCGGCUGAAGGUGCAGGAGACACACAGGCAGGACGCCGCCGACAUAGACUCAGACAGCAGCUCCUCGGAGACCGAGACGGACACGCAGGGGAGCCUGAGGGCCUAGAGCCCCCGCCGGAGCCGCUCACGGCGAGGGGACGCGGACUGCAAGCGGCAGCGGCGGGCGGGCCCCGAGCGCGAGCCCGGCCCGUGGCCGCGUCCGGGCCUACGAACACGUCCGCUCCCCGCGGCCCCAGGGAGCCCCUCCCCGGCCACGGGGCUAGAACGGCGUUCCUAAUUUAUAGUCAGUGCUUAGACAGACCAAAGAGGGCCGGGGGGAUGGGGGAUCGGGGGGAGCAAUGCCGUGGGGACCCCCUUGGGUCCAGGGAGCCUCGCCCAUGUGCCUCUUGGACCGGGGAUGGGAGCCUGGCAGGGGCACCAAGGGUUGGUAGUGAUGGUUGGCAGCCCGGAAGGGGCUGCUUUCUGCCCCUCGCGACUCGGCCACCGCUGUCAAGGGGGGAGCGGAACCUGGAGUUCCCUAUCCUCGCAGCUUCUCCCUUCCCCCUACCACCCCCCUCUCUCCCCCACCGCAUUGCCAAAUCCACCCUUUAGGCGCUGAAGAGUGGGGGCUGGCUCUCCGGCCCUAGUCUUCACCCCUCAGCCCCUGCUCCCAUCAGGGUUCAAACCAGCUCCCCAGGGCUGUCUCCCUCGUUGCUGCUCCUCCACCAUGGUCCCCGGGCCCAGCCCUGACCUCUUCCUCGCUCUCCCCAGCCUUCCCGAACCCCUCGCUGCUGCCCAGUGGCAUCGGAGCCGCCGCCUCUGCCCCAUUCCCCAACCUCCAGAGGUGUUCUCUAUUCAGGGUGGGCCAGGAGGCCGUCCGGUUUAGUGACAGGUAGCUCCCUGGCAACGUAAGAGGCAGGGGCUGCGGUGGGGGUUGAAUAGGAGUUUGCCCCUUGCUGCUGCAGGGGAGAGGCCCCAGCCCAGUGGGUCCUGCCCCCCACCGACCCACCCCACCUACCUUCCCUUCUGCAGGCAGGGCCCCGGGGCCUCCGCCUGGGAUAGCAAGGCCUACCGGCCCCUUCUGAAUGUGUCUGCUCCCCUGACAAUCUUCCCCCCCUGCCAGGCUGACGGUUCAUCCCCAGACUUUAGACCUGAUCUUGAGUUGAGAGAAUAUAUGCACAAGUCACUAUAAGAGACGUGUUUAUAUCCAUUGUACAUAAGAAUUUUUUUGUGCAAUAAAAUUUGUUUUGGCAGAAA